CCGGGGAUCCAGAUUUCUGCGGUACCGGCCACGAAUGUCAAUAGCAAUGAGGUUAUUGCGGGCGGUGUGUGUGAGUGUGACCCGGGCCUGCAGCACAAAGCAGACUGUCCCUGUUAUUGCAGCAAAGCAUCCCUAUAAAGUAGAUGUGAAGGCAGGGAAAGUAUACCCGUGGUGCAUCUGUGGCCACAGCAAGAAGCAGCCUUUCUGUGACGGUUCCCACCGGAAGGCAGCCCCCGGCCUGUCACCAUUGCGUUUCACCCCCACUGAAGACAAGGCAGUUUGGCUUUGUGGCUGCAAACAGACAAAAACAGCUCCGUACUGCGAUGGAACCCACAAAGGGAGUCAUGUGCAGAACUCGGUGCCGUGCAACUAACUUACUCUAUGAGAAAAGUUCUUGCGUGCCAAAGGUCUGCAUGUCCUUCAGCCAUCUGGCAAUGAGAAUGUCGGUGUAGCAGUAAUGUGAGAUCUGUGGUAACACGAUUUGGGGAUGAGUGAUGGUAGCGGUGUAAUUAUUACUUGUUUCAAUGCUGUAAAGUGUGUCAGAUUCUUGGAGAUUUAGUAAAGAUUAUUCUAAAUGCUG